GGAAUUCUUUCCUUAUGCCCAAAGAAGUGUUGGUCAACGAAAUUGAAACUGUAUGGAACAGUACUAUCACAAAAGCUUUGGAGCAUAAACUAACUGCCUUUAUAGGGAAUUACGAGACAAGCACAGAAACGUUUGUGAAGCUUUAUUGUAAACAGGUAGAGACCUACAAUCCAAGCAUGCAGAAGUGUCUUCACGAAACUGCAUACCAGGCCAUGAAAAGAUGCUAUAAAAUAGACGUUGGAACAUUUAACGAGAUUGAAAGAAAAAAAUUUGGUAUCCUUCUGUCAAGAUUAUUUGAGGCUGAAUGGUCAAAGGUGAUGGAAAAUGUUUGUGAUGUUCAGAGUGAAGUGUUUUUGGAUAGGCUUCUUCAAUUGCCACCAUUUUUGCACUUCAUGAAUAUUUUUUAUACAACGCAGCGUGUUGAUUUGUUGAAUGACACCUGUAAAGUGAACCUUCUGAGGGUUAUUUCCAUGAUCGAAACAAAGGUAGAUAAGCUCUUUCACGGAUCGCUUGCUGUUGGAGAUUUGAAGGUUGCUUACAAAUUCCAAGAUAUCUUUGUUGAAGCAGCUGGACUCGCCAAACAAGGAGAACGAAGUGACAAAAAGAUUACCAGAAAGAUGAUAGUCAAAGCAUUAAAAGUUCGUAUGAAAGAGCUUGAAGCAUUUCAAAUGGACGCAAAGAAAAUGGCUUCUCUAAUGUUCCUCUGCAAAAGACUUCCAAAUGUUGAUGUUUCAGCUAUUGAAAAAGAGCUUAAUAAACAAGCAUUUAUUGAAAAGUGUGCAUUGAAUGACAUUUGUAAGCCGGUCAAAAUCGAAACGGUGCAAAGCAUUAACACAUUCAUGCCUUCAAUGACGGCCUUUAAGUUGCCGGAGUCUGUCAGAACAAUUAUACCACAAUUGAGCGAAUACCAACUAAGUGCAGUAUUUCUAAAAAUGUGGGAACAUGCUUGUGAGAAAAAUGCCGAUAGCUGUACAUCACUUGAAGAUGUUGUCAAUAUAUGGAAAUCUGUUUCAAUCAGUUGGCUUGAUAAGUCGAAACUAAUACAAGAAGGAACCAUUUCUUUCCGUGACUUUGAAAACUUGAUUGUCAAGACGUGUCAUGACGACGAUGAAGUGAUUGCUUCUGAGUUGAGAAACAUGAGAAUAACCGAGCAAGUGGUACAAACACGUUUGAACCAGCUGAAGAAAUACAAACUUCACAAAGAUUGUAGGACCGGUGCUAAAAUACUAUUAGAUUUGAAGUCGAAACUUGGACUGUCGGGAAAUUACAAUGAGCUUGAGGUUAUUGCCGCUGAUGAAACGGCUCAAUUAAAAAUGGAACAUUUUGACGAUUCCUUUAUCAGCACAUACACGUUUCUUGAAGGAUUUUCAACGGCUAGAAUCAAUUGCAUUCACACUUUUCUCGAGUGUCACACCCUUGUCCAAUGGCUCAAGGAAUCAAUGCAUACAACUGGGCUUAAAGAAUUUCAAGUGUUUGUUGAACUUGCAUUCAUUGCAAUUGGAGAUGAUCCGUUCAAUAUAGGAAAGGUCCAAACCCUACAUUCUGCAGUGAAUGGAUAUGCACCCCUGAUUUUUGAUCUACCAAGCAGAUGUGAUUUUGAAGACCUUCUAGAUUUGUGCAAAAUUGUAUGGAGAAACCUAGAGGCAAAUUCCAAACUUCCAAAGCAAUUAGCUGACACUGAGAGUCAGAUUGAAUGGCUGAAAGAAAUUAAGAAUGCUCAUGGAUCUGUAGAAGUUACAUGUAUGAUGCAGACCGAUGCUAUUAACUCUGAUGGAACAAUAAUUAUCGGAAGGCAUACUACGAGAAAAGAUAUUAAAUUGGAAACCCUGGAUAGUGGUUUUUUGAAAGUCGAAGACACAAUAAAACUUACUGUUCCAGGGGUGACAGGAAUUAGGAAGUUCCGAGAGUACACUUUUGCUCAACUUCAAGAUCUUCAAAGUAGGCUGAUGUUAGUUGCUGGAAAAGCGGAAAAGGGCAUUGAAAAUGUAGAACGAUUUACAAUGAUACUUGACAGUAUCACACGACUCAGCAAUGUGUUUAUAAAACUAUACGGCUCGGGCUGUGUUUUAUUCAAAGAAUGGUCUGUGAGAUUCAUAUGUGACCCUGACCCAACUCGACCGGUUUGUGUUUCCAUGGAGUUUGCAAACGGUAGUGAAGUUUCUCAACUGAAGGGAAGACGCUCAGUAAAUGAAGACCUGAAGGAUAUGAUUCCAAAAAUAGCAAGAUUUUUGGAGUCUUGUCUGAAGGAUUGGCUACAACAUAUAGAAGAAAAACGUGAAAUAUAUCAAAAUCUCAACUAUUUUACUGUGGAUCAGUUGGUUAUUCUUCAAAAGGAGCUUCUGAAGUUUGGAGAUGAUGAACAACAACCUUCUCAUUUGAUUUAUCCUCUUCUCUCUGCCGUAAAAGAGGACUGCACUGAAGAUGACGUAAUUGAGGCGAUGAAACAAGCAAAAGAACUAUUAGACAGAAAAGAACAUGAUAUUCAUUCAUUAAACAAUGACAAGAAUGAUGAAAACGAUGCUAAGAACGAGAACGAGCUAAGAAUUCGAUUUAUGCAGAAGCUUGUUCAGGCAGGGCAAAGCGAACUGUUGGCUGAAAGAGCAUUCAAACAUGUUGAUCCAGAUGAUUAUUCUGAAGGUAUUCUUUGGUGCAUGGGUCAUGCUGAGGAUGAAGACUUAGAUGAAAUGGAUGAAUCAGGAAAAACUAAAGACAGUAAAUUUAUUGGCUGGAGCCAAUCUGCAGUUUCAAUGCAGUCCUUAAUAGACAAAAGUGUAUCUGCCGUUGGGCAAUAUAGUGAAAUCGGUGUAAAGUACCUGAUAGAAGACUUGCAGAAACUUUGGAAAGAGUUCCUUGAAUCUAUAAAAUCAAAUGUAAAGGACUAUCUUAGCAUUGAACAUCUUGGAAUUAUUCUAGAACAAUUGUCAUCAAAUGAUAUUGGAAUCAAACCUAGAGUUUUUCCUGUGGGAUUUAAGGAAGGAGUUCCGAACCUUAUUGUUUGUCCAUCAGAUGAUGUUCUGAAUACAACUCUUUCGAUUUAUUUGUCGCAAAAUGGACAGCCUUUACCUCGUGCAGAUGAAGUAUUGAUGUGUAAGGCUGACACAACAAAAGAGGAGGUUGGUAUAUUCUUUAGAAGAGUAUUUGCUGAGAAAGGUAACAAAAUACACUGUCUGUUGAACACAGAAUUGUUACCAUAUAACGUUUCAGAAACGGCAAAACGACAAUUAGAGGAGCAUUUACAACAGGCCAAAUGUGGAUCACUUCGACUUUUUGUGAUUUGUGAAUCAGACAGCAAGCAUCGAACAAGCACUCUGGUGUCAUUCUUGCAUAAAUACAAGAGACAACCGCCGAUAUUUGAUUUUGAUAGAUUAAGAUCUUUGAUGAGGUUAAAGCUUGCAGUUGAAAAAUCUGAGGACAGCAUAGUUACACCAGCGGCUUAUGCAGAUCAUGAAAGAUCAUCUGUGCGUGUCAUAAAAUCAUGGCGUCCAGGUGUAGGAAAAACACUUUUUAUGAACAGAAAAGGACAGACAUUGAAAAUACUGAACUCUGCUGAUGUAAACACUGAAAUAAUAACCAUUCCGCUUCAAGAGAAAGAGAUAGACAUUCACUAUGUUAUUGAACGACUUUUCAAUCGAUCGAUUUAUCCUAAAGAGCUAGCAGCAAGAUUAUUCCAUAUAGAUAUAUCUAAUGAGGUUCAAGAAGGAGUUGACUAUUUACUUUUCCAUAUGUUGAUUCUCGGACGCUUGACAGACAGGACCGGAUAUGUAUGGACGAAGUCGGAAAAUGAUCUGCACCUGAUAGAAACUAUGCCACUGAUGAUCAAAGUUGCAAACGAAAGAGGGGAUAAACACAAAUGUGCCCAUCAAAUGUUAAGCAUUCUCCCCGAUUUAACAUGUAGAUCACCUGAGGAAUGUUUACGUGCAUAUACGGAAAAUAAACUGAAAGGUGAAGUGUCUACAAAAUCUGCAGUUAAUGGUCAGAAUGUUUCGGAUCAACUCUUCGACAAGGAAGAGUUUGGCAAUGAAGUAUUUCAAACACCAUUUCAGUAUCUCAUUCGGCUUGAAGAAAACAAAGCUUUUGAAGAUAUUCACCCUGAUAAGACGGAAGGAAGUCCGGAGUCAUGUUUGCGCAUACUUCUCAGAUAUUGUGGAGUGCACGAUCCCUCAUGGGCAGAACUGCGCCAUUUUGUUUGGUUUCUUAACACGCAACUGAACGAUUUUCGAGCCAAUAUAUUUUUGGGUCAAGCUGCUGCUGACUUACUUCCUGGCUUCUCAAAAUUCACAUUAAAAUUCCUUAUUCAAAUGUCAAAGGAUUUCUCCACAAGAUCACUCAAGAUCAGCGAAGAAUCGCCUGGAUUGAUAAUACAAACGCUUCAACCCAUCGACAAAAAAAUUGAAACAAAUCCUGGGGAGGACGAGGAUAUAGUACAACUUUAUCAAAUGAGGAGAACAUGGGAAAGCAGUCCACAUCCAUAUAUAUUUUUCAACGCAGAUAGAAUGUCACUGACGUUCUUGGGGUUCAAUAUUGAAAAGAGGACAGGAAAUUUAAUAGAUCAUCAGACAGGACGAAUACUAGAGAGGGGAAUGAUGAAAAGGGAUUUAUUUAACGCUCUUGUCAAUAACAAUGUCCCAUUGCAAGAAAAUUUUGACAUGUUGCGGAGGAUGGAAAAAAUUGCAAGAUUAAGGAGCAUUAUGGGAAUCGAGUCAAAUGAUGAUCCAGAUGAUUCUUACGAGUUAACAACGGACAAUGUUAAAAAGAUGAUGGCCAUUUACAUGAGAUUCAUGUGUAAUAUACCAGUCAUUAUAAUGGGAGAAACAGGCUGCGGCAAAACACGACUCGUAAAAUUUUUGUGUGGGUUACAACAGCCAGCAGACAAGAUAGUAUCCAAUAUGGUACUGAUGAAGAUUCACGGAGGAACAACAAACACAGAUAUAAUAAGAAGUGUUCAGAAAGCGGAGACUUUGGCGACGGAAAAUCAGAAAAAGUAUGGCAAACACAUGUACACUGUAUUGUUCCUAGACGAGGCUAACUCAACUGAGGCUAUUGGACUCAUAAAAGAGCUCUUAUGCGACAAAUCAAUUCAUGGAGUUUCGAUAAAGCACUUGAAAAACUUGAAAAUUGUAGCGGCUUGUAACCCCUAUAGAAAACACUCGGAAAAGCUUAUCAAAAAGUUAGAGCAGGCAGGACUUGGUUACCAUGUGGAUGCUGAUGAAACAACAGACAGAAUAGGCCGUGUACCAAUGAGACGUCUUGUUUAUAGAGUCCAGCCUCUACCACAAAGUUUACUGCCACUAGUGUGGGACUUUGGUCAGUUGAACACAGAAGUCGAAGACCUUUAUAUUAGACAAAUGGUCAGGAGAUAUGUAAAUGCUGGUAGCCUACCAGAUAUAAGAGGAUUUCAAGAAGUUAUUAGUGACAUACUAACAAAAUCACAAGAUUAUAUGAGAAACCAAAAGGAUGAAUGUAGCUUUGUAUCCCUGCGAGAUGUCGAAAGAACGCUGAUAGUUAUGAGCUGGUUUUAUCAACGAAGUCAAGGGCAAAGAACUCUUUUUAAUCUAAUCGACCAAAAGUUAUCAGAGCAACAUGACUCCACUAAAGAUGAAGAUGAAAAUGAAGAAGAUGGAGAAGAAGAAGAUGUAUUUCAUAUAGCGGAUAUUAAAGUCAAUCAGCCUGAAAGAAUUGAUGAUGUCACACGCUCUCUCAUUUUGGCCUUAGGCGUGUGCUAUCAUGCCUGUUUAAAGACACGAGCACAGUAUAGAAAAUACAUUGCACCUUCUUUCAAAAGACCGUGCUUACUGCAUGAGGGACCGGAACAAAUUUUCAAAGAAAUAGAUUGCUGUCAAAAUGUCUUUCUUGAUCAUGUUGACUUAGAAAAGAAUAUUGCUCGUAACAUGGCUCUAAGAGAGAACGUGUUUAUGAUGGUCAUCUGUAUAGAACUACGCAUCCCAUUGUUCCUCAUUGGAAAACCAGGUAGCUCAAAAUCUCUAGCUAAAACUAUCGUGUCCGAUGCAAUGAGGGGGAAUGGUGCAAAAACACAACUUUUCAGGGAGAUGAAGCAGGCUCAGAUGGCUUCAUUUCAAUGCAGUCCUUUAUCUACACCAGAUGGCAUAGUAGGAACUUUCAGACAAUGUGCUCAAUUUCAAAAGGAUAAUGAUUUGAACCGAUUUGUGUCGGUCGUCGUCCUCGACGAGGUUGGGCUUGCUGAAGAUAGUCCAAGAAUGCCAUUAAAGACGCUGCAUCCACUUUUAGAGGACGGUUGUCAAGGGGAGGAAGAUCCUGAAGAUUAUAUGAAGGUUGCUUUCAUUGGAAUAUCAAACUGGGCUUUAGACCCAGCAAAGAUGAACAGAGGUAUAAUUGUACAAAGAGAUGUCCCUGAUUUAGAAGAACUUAUUAACAGUGCUCGUGGUAUUUGCAAAACUGAUAGUGAAGGUCCAAAUUACAUAAUGGAACCACUGAUAAGACCAUUGGCAGAAUCGUAUCUUGAGCUGUUCAGCAUUGCAUCAAAAAGAAUGAGAGAAUUCUUUGGCCUCAGAGAUUUUUACAGCCUCAUCAAAAUGGUGUUCAACAGCGUUGAGGAAACCAGAAAAAUACCGACUUGGUUUCAAAUGUUACAUGCUAUCAUGCGAAACUUUGGUGGGUUGGACCAAGUUGACCCAGUCGAACAUUUCAAACAACGGUUGUCGGAAAUAAUUCCCGUUGAUGAUCAGCCGCGUGAUGGUGACCCUGAUUGCAGUACCUUUGGAUUGAUCAGAGAUUGUCUUUUUGAUAUCAAUUGCAGUCAGAGUGAAAGCCGGUAUCUACUUCUAUUGACUGAGAAUUUCGGAGCAUUGUCAUUAGUGCAACAACUUCUUCAAGAACGGAGCGAAGAUACAAGACUAAUAACAAUCUUUGGGAGCAGUUUCCGAAGUGACCAGGAGUACACACAGGUGUGUAGAAAUAUCAACAAAGUCAAAGUAUGCAUGGAAACAGGAAACACCGUUGUUUUGUUAAAUCUUGAGAACCUGUACGAGAGUCUGUAUGAUGCUCUUAAUCAGUACUAUGUAUCCUUCGGAGAUGUUAGAUACGUUGAUCUUGGACUAGGGACACACAGAGUAAAAUGCCCAGUUCAUCCGGAUUUCAGGCUUAUUGUUGUCGCUGAGAAACAAACAGUUUACGAGAAAUUUCCAAUACCGCUGAUCAACAGACUAGAGAAACACUUCCUUACAAUAAGUACCAUGCUUUCUGUUGAAAACAGAAAACUUGUUGAUAGACUAAAACAGUGGAUGGAGGAUUUUGCCAUUCAGCGCCAGCAAAGUCAUAACGACAAAUCAAGGACGGUACAUGUACAAAUUGGAGAUGUUUUCAUUGGAUAUCACGAAGAUACAUGUUCAGCUGUAAUUGUGCAUUUAAGACAAAAAUUGGCAGGCGUGGAUGAAGAAUCAAUUCUAAAAAUAUUUGAAGAGGCAAAAUUGAUGUUGCUGUGGUGUACAACACCCGAUGCUGUAGCUCGUUUGGCGCAUUCUGUUCUACCAGAGGAAGAAAAAGUAAAGCUGAUUCACAAUUAUUAUGAAAAUCAAGCACAUGACAGCAUUUUGGAAUAUCUGGAAUAUAUGCUCCCAUCAAAUAGAACAGUAUCUCUCUUGUCACAGGUUACAACAUACUCUAAAUUGCUUUCAACAUCGCAUAUUGAUUGUCUGAGCAAAGCGUCGGGAUUUACCCGUAAAAGAAUACUCUUUCUUGAAACGCUGUCUUCAUUUGACACUGAGCAGCAAUUUACCAACAAAAUUAGAUUAUUUAUUCAGAGCACAGAAGAAUGUUCUAAAUUGAUUGUGAUACAAUGCGACUCCGGAGAUAUUAAUGCCAAUUUGAUAGCUUGUGCAAGAUAUUGUGUCAUGGGUGAAUAUGAGAAAGCCAGAAAAGAUCUCAUAAAACCAGUUCAUUUUAUAUUUAUUGUUCAAUUGCCUAAAAUUGCAGGUGGAUGUUUCACGGCAUUUCAGUGUGGGAAUUGGCAUUCUGCGCAUAUAGAUGACCUUAUUCCUGAGGAUAUGAACUUGCCAGCUUUUCGAGACAUGUAUGGACGAUCUGUUGGUACGCUGUUCGGCAGUGCAAUGGCUAUAGAAGAUCACACAACUAAAGGUUUGAUCAAAAGUGCUCCAGCCGGCAAAACGAUGAACCAAAACGAUUAUGCUGGUUCUCAUACAAAUGAUGAUAUUGAUAACCCUGAAGAAAACCCGAACACAUUUUUGCAAAUAGAUGAAAGUUUUUGCGCUGAGAAUGAUGUUGACCUACCAACAGUACAGGUUGAAAAAUGUGAGGAAUCAAAAAGAAGCAAACUUGAUGUGAAAACAUUAGUGCUUCACUGUGUUCCUGCAGCUCUUGCAAUUGUUAAAGACAAGGAAGAACAAAAAAGCAGAGAAACAGACAGAGUAGACAUAGUUCUUCGUUUAAUCCAUCAAGAUCAAGGGGAUGAACUCUUCAUUAAGGGAUUAUGCUAUCAUAUUGCGAAGUUGCUGCAUCAGAAAGAAACUGAAUCUGGUUUAUCAUACAAGGUCAGAGAAUGGUUGGUUGGAGAGGUUGCGAACUUCGAAAACAUAACCAAAGCUGGCACUUUCAGGAAUUCGUGUAUAAAAGUACUGGAGAGCAAGAUAUGCCCAAUUUUGGCUGGUAUCAUUGCGGUUUGUGAUACAAAUGAAAACCUCAGUAUACUAGCGGACGACAAAUUUCCAUGGAAACAAGGAUUAUGGAUUGAUAUUUUCAAUUCACUUAACACACUCAAGUUCAAGGAUUUGCCUUUCCGAGAAAAGUCUAAUGUGCAGUCAGAUAUACCUGUAUUGUCAACUAGCAGCGACGGACAUACAUUCUGUGUCAGAAUGCCAUUUUCGUGGAUAUUCAUACAAAAGAUGAAUGAGGUUCUCAAUAUUGAUCUGCCAACACCAGAGGAACAUGAUUUGGAUGAUGAAAGUAUGCUCCUUAGUUUUGCUAACCAAAGGGUCAAGUCAUUGAGGCGUAUUUUGGAUGAUCAUGCAUUGUUCAAGGCACUCGGUAAACUUCAAGAUGAUGUGACACAGAAAGCCACUGAAGACUAUCUCUGGGAUGUUAUAAAUACCUUGUAUCCAUCAAAAGAUGACACAGACGAGUUUCAUCUUGUGUUCGAAGCAACAUUUACAACAAUAAAAAGAAUUCAAGCAAAGAUCAAUGGGCUAAGCUUUCUAGACAUAGUUAUCUACAUUCAUCUGGUAGUAGAUUCCUUCUUACCACGACUAAGAAUCUUUCAUUCGCUGGUAGCCCUUUGGCCUGAAUGCAUUGAAAAAAUAUUUAAUCAGUGUUCUGAACCCGAUUGUGAUAUGUUGACAGGAUAUGUCCUUACAAUCAGGGCUGCUAGCUUACUAAUCGAAACAUUUUCGCCAAAGAAAGGAGAACUCGAUGAAAAAGAUGAUAGAGCACAAUGGAUCGGUAGAUAUCAUCGUUUCAGAUCAAUAGUUGAAAAAAUAAUGGCUAUGUACCAUCAAGACGUUUCAGUCUUUGGAGAAGACACUGGAAUAAUUGUGAAAAGAAUGAAAUCUUUAUGGUCCCGUGUAAUGGUUAUGAGAUUGUUUAUUGAGCAUGUGUGUGUUGAGGAGACUGAUACCAGGAUCACAAUCAAGUUUUGUUCACCUCUUUGGGCGGUAUUGGAUGAGUCCACUGAUAUGAAGAAUAUCAAUUCAAUAAACGCUGUUGAGAAAUUCCUUAUAACCUGUAAUAAAACGGCAACGAAAGUUUUCAUAGGAUCUUUGUUGAAAUGCAGUGACUGUGAGAAGGUUUUGGAAGGUUAUCCAGUAACUCUGCCAUGCAGUGACAUUUUAUGUAACCGCUGUUACCAUGACUUGAUAGCAUCUGGGCAAAAUUCUUGUGCAAAAUGCCGAACUGAAUUUGGAGAAAAAUGGUGCCCGAAACAGGAAUAUACUGAAAACAUUAAUAGUGAUGGGGAGAAGAUGUUGAGAGACUAUCAGAAGAGAUGCAAUGCAUUUUUCAUGGAUGCUAUAUCACAACUGAGCUUUGCAGAUAAUACUGCUCCAUCUAAAGAGGUUGUUGCCAAAUUAUUGUCGUAUGCCUUCUAUAGGACACCUGCACAACGUUCACAUACGAAAACGUUGUCCAUAUUUGAUACCGGCAUUGAUCCAAAUCCAGUAUUUAGAUCGUUUCUUCUUCAACUCUUGCUGAAAACCAGUGAAAGGGAUGUUAUUAAAAAUUUAGAAAAAUAUCUUGGAGAGGCUAAAGAUGUUCUGUCUGAUGAUGUACCUGAAAAAUCGGAAAUGCCUCUAAACCUGAGCCUGUUGAUCGUCAGCUGUGUUGAGGAUAAAUUAAUGCAAAGUUACAAGGAAAAAAGUUCAAACAGCAGUGUUUUAGCUACAAAAGCACUUGAUACAGCAUUAAAGACAAUAGAAAGUGAUGGUAUAACGGUUGAAAAGCUUUAUGGAUUGGCAUGUGCAAGAUUUGGGCUGCGAAUUGUUGCAGAAAGUAUUGUCAAAUAUGUUCAACACAAUCAAGAGAAUGGAAAUAUGGCUAUACUGCAAGCACAAAAAGCCAAACAACUAUGCCAAAGUACAAAGACAGUUUGGCCGAGAAAAUAUCUGGUGAAGUAUUUGUGCCGAUUUUACGGAACUGAUGUGUAUUAUACUGUAUGUGAAGAUUCUGAAUUUGAAUGGAUGCAAAUCGCAAAUUCAAGAAGCGAAGAAUGUGAUCGCUUUGUUGUGUGUGGUUCUGUUUAUGUAAAACUGAGAGAUGCUGUGAUGCAGACGGUUCAUGACGAAAACAUUGACAUACUCAACACUUCAGUAAACAACAUCAACGAAGAAGACGUCCAUAUGGAGCCUUUACUACAACUAGGGAUGUAUAGAGAGAUAACAAAGACACAUCUGUAUCCACCAACACAGAGGAAGACUUCUACACAGAUGUUGGAGCUUCUUGCAAACUUUUUUAAAGACUGUGAACAUUGUACCAACAAGGAGCUAAUCAUGAGACUCUUGGAAAACAGACUCGUACCGAGUUCUAUAGUGACUAGGGAGAAUGAAGAUUUUAAAACGCAAGGAAUACACAGUUUGAUAGUUCAUUUCCUUAUUGUGAUAGUGCGUGUUCCAGAUGAGAAAAACUUGCUCUGGCCACUUUCUAGACUGAGUCUUACUCCAGAUAAGUGUGCUGAUUUCUUUUUGCCUACCAUGCCACAAGAUGACCUUGAAGAUAUAAAGAAUGCUAUAAUUGCCUCGACAGAAACAACCAAGGGUGCAUAUAAAACGCCUGCCUAUUACAAAUGUCCUAACGGUCAUCCGUACGUGAUAGGCGAUUGCGGCCAGCCGGUUAUGAAAUCAAAAUGUCAAUGUGGCGCUGAAAUCGGAGGAGAAAAUUAUGUUCUCGUUCAGGAAAAUACAAAAGACUCAUCCAAAGAUCAAACAAUGACUGGUCACAUUUUGGGUCCCGCUGAAAACCGUCGGGGACAAGAUCCUAAACCAGAGAGAUUGCUGACUUCUGCAGAAUGUGCAACUAUAAGACUGAUGAUUCAUAUGGCUAUGUACCUAGGAGUUGGAAGCGAUAGAGAGGGAAUUGAAAAUAUCAUCCACCCUGAUAUUGAUUCGGGUAUGGUUGAAGAAUUCUUAUGGCAUCAUAUUCAGUCAGACAUCGGUGAUAUUCACAGAGCACUUGCGAGAAGCGUAGACGAUGUUCUUCUGUUUAUUCAUUGCAUCAUAAAUGAAAUGAUGGUCAAGGUUAUUGAAGGCACAGACUUACAAAAUGAUGUGUAUAUGCUAUCAACUAAAGGCGGGAGACAAAAUUGGGAAGAUGCUUUCACCAAUGAAUACUUGAAGGAUAUUUUUUCAGAUGUGGACAGUUUACUUCAGAGACAUAAUAACACCAUUGUUAAUGACAAAAGACUAGGGGCUGAUCCUCUUUUAAAUUUGCUAUUUGAAACGGAAACAACCCCAAAAACUGCACUCCCAUUGCAAGAGAUUCCUAUGGUAUGGGGCUACAGAACACCAGUUACACUACAUCAUUUACGACAAAGAUUUGAUGCUGAAGUUGGGCAUGGUGCCACGUUAAAGAAAUUUUCAGUUCUACAACUGUUCCUAAAAGAAGAGUAUCAUUUGAGAGCUUUACGCUUCAUUCCGAGCAUCGUACGUCUUCAUUCUGUAUUGCUGCAGAAAUAUCAGAGAAAACUGGACAAAGCUGAGGCAUCCAAGAUUACCAUUGCUCAACUGAAACGAGAAACAAUUGCCGGGCAUGAAACUGAAACGCUAUUUGAUGAUUUUGCAAAAGCAUGGGAUUUGUGUCGGGAGGCGUUGAAAUUUUAUGUGUGUAAGACUGACAUAGGGAGUGCAACAGUUUUACCAGAAUACAGUCACUAUGUCAUUAAUGAAAACACACCAGUUUCAAUGAUGUUACCCACAAAUGACGGUGCAGGAUUAUGCUCUUAUGCGCUACUAGAUUUUCUCCUGAGAAAGCAGAAUGAUUUUCUUGAAAAAUAUUUUCAAGAAACUGGAAGUGCCUCAAGUUCUGUGAAAGUGAGGCCGAAAGAAAUUACCUCAGCAGACCUUAUAAGUUAUGAUGAAGAACACGAUUUGAUUCCUCUUGUUCUCGCUAACUGUCAGUAUACAUUUAUGAUGGGUGAAGGGAAUAAAAUAGACUACGACUUCAAAGGUUUAGAAAGACAAAUCAUGGACAGAUUCUUGUUUUCAAAAUCAGAGAUUGAAAUUUCUACUGUUUUACAGGUCGAGUUGAUGACAUAUCGAACAGAGAGUACAAACGCAACUAUAUUUGAAAAAUUAUCAACAUACAUACGGCAGGAGGAACUAAAUAGUGAACUUAAAACAAAGAUCUGCAGCGAAAUAAAGUGCUUGCCAGAUAUUUGUCAAUCCUUAUAUAAUCUGGAUAUUGCUAUCAGUUUCCUUAAGACUACAGGUGGUUUGUAUGAACAAAAUCUUCAUGACUACUUGACAAAAACUCUGCAGAUGAAAACAACAGUCUCAAGUCAAAGGGCGCAACAGAUGUGUCAACUUAGGCAUAUAAAAUCGUUGUGGCUGUUACUUGCUUUGCUUAAAUCAAAAACAAUGAUUGACAAUCACCAACGUAGGGAGUUCACGUUUGAAAACAUACAGUCUACUUUUGAUGCGGAUCUGUCAAUUGAAGAACGAGAAAUCCUCGAACAAUACCUAAAACCUUUGUCAGUGGAAAAGAUAAGUUCUUUGGUUGAAUGCAUACAUGAGUUUAUUUUGCUGAAAGUAGCUGUGAAACAAAACGUUGAUGAAGAGGAUUACAUAGAUAUAACUCAUAAUAAACUGCAGGACUGGCUGCUUGCCUUCAUUUUUGAGAGAGAAGACCAUUUAGUAGAUACUGUUAUAUUUGAGGAAUUUCCUGCAGAUAUCAUGUUGAAACAUUGUGCGCAUGCAUGGGUUGUUGCUUACGAAAUGUUGAAAGGGAAACAGGCUGUGUUAUAUUCUAAUCAUUAAAAAUAUUAAUAUAACACAUAUGACUGUAUUUGAGACAUUCUUUGUUAAUUCUUUGUAAAUAAAAUGAAAAUAAUUUGUAAUGUAAUAAAACUGUAUUUUUCUAGACAAAUUAUAUUGUCAUUCUAGAUUUGCUUUAUAUUUGUUUAUCUAUUUUUGCUUAUACUGGACAAAAGAAAGCUUUUUAUUCAUCUAUUUUCUGUGAGAUUUUAGGUUUGCAUGAACAAUUGUUUUAUUGCCGAUUUACGCGCUGUUUUAUUUGACUUUAUUAAGGAUGAGAUAUACUAUGACAUGUUGAAUGUUGUUCUGCAUAAUCAGAUAUUAACAUUGCAAAUAGCAGUUUGAUUAAAUAGGUAGUCUAUUGAUCUUUUGGUAUAUGUGAUUUGAUUCGUUUCUUAGUUUAUGCUUAGUUCAAAUAGAAUGAAAGUUAGAUUUUAUAAAAAUAUCAUUCCAUACUUGAGACAUUUAUCAUGAUAAAAGUUCAUAAGAUGUUUUAUACAUGAUUUUAUCAAAUAUAUAUUGUACAUUAUACAUAAGAAUCAUUUCUGUUGGAGCAGCAGAUAUGGAAUUCUACUGAAAGUGUUGAUUUGCAGUGCUUGCAAGCAUCUGCAACAUUGUGAAAAUUAAUACAAUCAUAAUGUAAAUCAAAUCAUGUUGCUUUGAUUUUUUGUUGUUUUUUUUUACAAUAAAGCUUGCUUUGACAGUGUAACUGGUUAUUACAAUAUAUGUGUUUUAAUGUUUGAUUUGAUCAACAUUUAUAUUGACAUUUAUGUAAAGAGGAACAACUAUUGAUUUAUUGAGUAUGUUGUUAUUUUUAAAAACGUGUCAUGUUAUAUAGAGGAUAUUUGUUUGUUUUGCAUGUAAGAUUGAAAUAUAAUUUCACUGAGUGAACACCAGAUGCAAUAUUUUCACGAGUGGCGUAGCCACGAGUGAAAAUAUAUAAGCUGGUGUUCACGAAUGAAAUAUUUUUCAAUCUUAUAUGUAAAACAAAUAAAUUUUCUUUUUAUUUCAUGCUUUUUAAGUGAUUUUAAGUAUUUUUUACUGGUUUUGCCGCGUAACGUCACGCAUUCUCCUUUGUGACGUCAUCACAUCAUGACGUCACAUAAUCAAUUUUGAAAUAUAGGUCUGUUAAAUUUCUAUUAUUUUGUUACGUUUUUAACAUGAUGUAUGAUGACAUCGACUUUCUUUUCCUAAAGAAGCAAAAUUUACGCACGACGGCAUUAAUUUCUGCCUGUUAUUCCAUUUAGUUAUGAUUUUCUUUUCAUCCGCAUUCAGAUAUAGUCCGGCUACAGUGAAAAUUAUAUUUUAUAAAUUUCACUAGUGGUUUAUCAGAAUAUAAUCAUCUGAUAUAUUACAAUAAAACACUGGAAAGCAUGAAAUAAA